AUGGCCAAUUCCACCCUGGUGACUGAGUUCCUCCUGGAAGUUUUUGCUGAGACUUGGGAGCUCAGGAUCCUACUCAGUGUGCUGUUUCUGCUGGUGUACAUGGGCAGCCUGUUAGGGAAUCUUAUCAUCAUCAUUGCUACUACAGUUGACCAAACCCUGAAAACACCCAUGUACUUCUUCCUCAGGAAUCUGUCCAUUUUAGACAUGGGGUUUGUAUCUGUUACUGCACCUCAUGCUUGUAUCAACUCUCUCACUGAUCACAGGAACAUUUCUCUGGCUGGGUGUGCAGCACAGAUCUUUUUGGUUUUCUUUUCUGCAUGUGUAGAGAUUCAGUUUCUCACCAUCAUGGCCCAAGACCGCUAUGUGGCCAUCUGUAAGCCUCUCCUCUACCCUAUGAUCAUGAACCAUCAAUUCUGUGUUCAGAUGACUUCCCUACUUACAUCUCUUAUCCUUGCAAGUGUGCACACUUCCAAAACUUUCCAGCUGUCCUUUUGUCACUCUAAUUUAGUCUCUCAGUUCUUCUGUGAUAUUCCCUCUUUGCUGAGGCUUUCUUGCACUGACACCUUUAACAACAAACUAUUACUUCUUUUGUCUGCCAUUGGUCUCAGUGGUAGCUGCUUUACAUUCAUUGCAAUAUCGUAUGUUCGCAUAUUAUCAACU